CCUGCCAGCCAUAGGACUCAGUAACCUUUAACACUGGACUUACAUGCAACUGGGGCUGCAAUGGGAUCAAAUUUAAGUACAAGUGAGACUUUUACGAGCACCUCAGCACCAGCGGUGAGAACGGCACCAGUAUCUCCUUUCAACUUGCUCACUGUAAAAAUACUGAGAGUGAGGAAUGCCCGGAAGGCAGACUUGCUCACACUUUCAGAUUGCUAUGUGACCCUGUGGCUGCCUACUGCCUCGGCAGAGAAGGUUCGGACCAGGACCAUCAGGAACAGCAAAAACCCCGUUUGGAAUGAAGCUUUCUGCUACAAGAUUGACCGCCGUGUCAAGAACGUGCUGGAGCUGAAGGUGUGUGAUGAAGACACGAUCACCAGGGAUGAUGAACUCUGCACAGUUCUCUUUGACAUAGAUAAACUCACUGUAGGACGUACUGUCCGUGUGAAGUUCCAGCUGAAUCCACAGGCACGUGAGGAGCUGGAGGUGGAGUUCACAUUGCAGAACACUCUGGACUACCCUGAUGGCAUUAUUACAAAUGGAGUACUAGUGGCACGUGAGGUUUCCUGUUUGGAGGUUAGAGUGGAUACAGGGAAGCUGAAGCAGCAAUCCACAAAUCCAGAGCUUACAUUUACAGUGAAAGGAUCCCAUGAAGGAAGCCAGAAGAUAUUGCUGGACUCUGGCCCCAGCCUUCAUAUAAUCAUAUUCCACUGCAUCAUAAAUGACCAGACAAAACUAGAUAUCCUAUUACCAGAAGAGCUGGCUGAUGGAAAUGAAACAGAGAAAUCUGGGGUCCUUUCUUUCCCCCUGAAUUCACUCCCCCUGCAGAAGGAAAUAAUACUAGAAGAGGAUAAUUCAUUUCACUUGUGCUUGACGGCUAGAAAAUGCUCGGGAGACCUGGAUGUGCGCUUGGGGUUCAGCCUGUGCGUGGAAGAGCAGGACUUCCUGCGGAAAAGGAAGAAAUAUGUUGCUGCUGCUCUGAAAAAGAUUCUUAAUUUGGAGGAGGAUCUGAAAGAGCAUGAGGUGCCAGUGGUGGCCAUUACGACAACCGGGGGAGGAACGAGGUCGCUCACAGCGAUGUACGGCAGCCUGCUGGGCCUCCAGAAACUCAACCUGUUAGACUGCAUUUCCUACAUCGGGGGUUUAUCGGGUACCACAUGGACCAUGGCAAACUUAUAUGAAGAUGCUAAUUGGUCACAAAAAUAUCUGGAGGAUGCAAUCAAGGAAGCUCGCAAGCAAGUAACCAAAUCCAAGAUUUGCUGUUUUUCUUUGGAUUGUCUGAAGUACUAUUAUAAUGACCUGAUGGAGAGGACUAAAGAAGGCCAUAACACUUCCUUCAUAGACCUUUGGGGUCUUGUCAUUGAGUCCAUGCUACAUGAUAAGAAAGAUGAGCACAGACUGUCAGACCAACGUCAGGCGGUGGAUAACGGCCAGAACCCACUGCCCAUCUAUGUGGCCAUCAACCUCAAGUCCAACUAUAGUGCCCAGGCAUUCAGAGAGUGGCUGGAGUUCACUCCCUAUGAAGUUGGCCUGCUGAAAUACGGAGCGUCUAUUAGUGCAGAACAUUUUGGAAGUCAAUUCUUUAUGGGAAGGAUGGUGAAGAAGCUUUCAGAGACUCGGAUCUGCUAUAUGCAAGGCAUGUGGAGUAGUAUAUUUUCCAUAGAUGUGAUGUAUGUCUGGAAUUUGGCUGCUGAUUCAGAAGAUUUCUGGUGCAGAUGGACCAGAGACAGAGUAAAAGAUAUUGCAGAAGACCCCUUUCUGUCUGUGAAUCCCUAUGAAGUAGACACGUGUCUGUUCACUCCCUCGAGUGUCUUCUCCUCCACUCUGCGAGAUGUCUUAACAGGACGUCCAACCAUUGCACAGUAUCCCAAUUUUAUCAGAGGCUUCCAGCUGCAUAACAAGUACCUGGAGAGUGAAGGAUUUUCUACCUGGAAAGACACAGUGAUAGACUCCUUCCCAAAUAAACUGAUGGAAACAGCAGACAGCGAGCUCUCCCUGGUUGAUACUGGCUUUUUCAUUAAUACCAGCUACCCACCACUUUUGAGAUCAAAGAGGGAGGUCGAUGUCAUCCUGCAUUUGAAUUACAGUGGAGGGUCCCAAACACUGCCUCUGGAUCAGAUUGCGAAAUACUUCUCAGAGCAAGAAAUUCCAUUUCCCAAAAUUGAGAUAAGUGAGGAAGACAGGGAAAACUUAAAGGAGUGCUAUGUGUUUGAAGAAGCUGACAGUCCACAAGCUCCAACAGUGCUUUUUUUCCCCCUAGUAAAUGACACCUUCAAGAAAUACAAAGCUCCUGGUGUGGAAAGGAGUCCUGAAGAGAUGGCUGAAGGCAAAGUUGAUGUCUCCACCAUCCUCUCCCCAUUUACAACAAGAGAGGUGUGUUUCAGUGAAGAGAAUUUUGACAAACUGGUGAAACUGACUGAUUACAAUGUCCUGAACAACGAGAAGUUGAUUAUUCAGGCCUUGCGCUUGGCAGUGGCACGGAGGAAGCAGCGGAAUUAUUAGCCACCACACACUAGCUUCCAUCUUUCAUGUGAUAUUUCUUGGGUUGUCUAUGGUUUGGUGAGGUCAAGAUGUUUGAUUCUUAUCAGUGAUAUUUGCAGUGGAAAUCACAUCAUCCUAAGGACA